AUGGUCAAAGCACCCGAGCCAGAUCGGAUACCGGUAAGUGGGGUCUGACUCGCGGAACAUCCUCGUCUGGCUGGGUAGUCCCACGCGAGUCGGCGAUCGUCACUCAACCUGCCUUCGCUCGGGCCCACAGAUCGCCUCGCUGGCUCAACUCGACCACGAGUUUGCUCUCUUGCAGAACGCGCUCGCCCAAUCCGAGACGGAGCAUACAUGGGAAAACAUAGACCGCGCUGUCAAGCGUUUCCAGGCCGUCGUUCGAGGUGGGGCGUACAAGUUCACCGACGAGUUCAUCCGGAGGUUCAAGGACAAGGCCAUAUCGAACGGCAUCGUUCGAUCGGUCAGUCCGAGUUGAGGCGAGAGACGGGGCCCAGCAAAGUGAAUGUCGAUGCUGACUCCCCAAUCUGUGUGGCCGAAUACUCCUAGCUCGCGACGGAACGCACCCGACUGAGCGCCUCGACGCUGGAUCUUAUCUCGUCGUGCACGCGCCUCCACGGCCAAUUCCAGCCUCUCUUGUCGACCUACUUGUCCCCUCUGCUCCGGCUCUUCUGCCGAACAAACAAGUUGUACAUCUCUCGCGCGUUGUCGGCGCUGCACGAUAUCAUCCGGCACACGCUCCUCGUCGACAUUCUCAAGUUCAUCGUCAUCGAAUGGAAGCUUGAAAGUGGCAAAUCCUCGUCGUUCCGAAUCGCCGCCGCCGAGGCAAUAUCGGCGAUGCUUGGAGCUGGGACCGCAGAACUCGUUGUGCCCAAGGAAGCUCUCGACAAACGUGUCGAAGAGAUCGAGUGGGUCAUCCGCACCGGGGCCACCGACAGGGAAGCCAAAGUACGAGGCGAGAUCAAAAAGUGCUGGGAAGUGUACAAGCGAGAGUGGCCGGAUCGAGUUGCGCAGUAAGUGAACCAAAAGAACCGCCCAAAAGUUUCUCGGCGAGAGGAGGCUGACCAUAGAGCCACUUCUCUACGUCAGAUUCACUGCGCCCAUGACUCCCAUCAGUCGCAAGUACCUCAACGUGACGGCAGUAGGCGCUCCCUCGACAGGUCACCCUUCCGGCCCCAAGCCUAAAGUUCCCUCGAGCCUGUCCUCAUCUGCCUCCGGAUCUUCCGCUCUCAAAAAGACGACCACCGCUCCUCAACCUUCUACCUUCAGUCACCGCCCAAUCCCGUCGACUUCUUCUUACGCUCCAUCAUCCUGGUCUGCACUUCCGACGGCCUGCUCUUCGUCUUCCCACCCAACGUCGAGCCGGCCGACCCCACUCUCGGCAAGCCUGUACGGCGGCCGACCCAUGCCCACGGGACCUUUAACAUCGACAAUCGCUCGGGACAUGCGCCUCGCCAAGAGUGUCGGGCAUGGUCCUCCACCGCCCGCCAUCUCACACCACACAGAGGAGACGGCGAGGUCGCUCAGUAGUGGAGCUCUGCCGUCGGCAACGUCCUCGUCAGCUUCGACUUGGUCGGCUUCGGGCUACCCCACGACGCGUCGGACACCGCAUGGCCCUCCGAUGGAUGAGCCGAUACCCUCAACCUCUUCCUCGUCCACACCCCACGCCCCUCCUUUGACCAGCGGGGCCUUCAAGCCCUCAACGGCAUCGCGGUCCUUCCGGCCCAAUACCGCGUCAGCAACGCAAGGGCCCAACGUCGAAGUCCGAAGGGCCCGACGGGUCGCACCUAUCAUCGCACCGCCGCCAGUCAUGGGGAACGUUGCGCCGAUCGGACGACCAGCGACCUUGGCUCGACAUGGGGCCGCAGCUUCGAAUGGUCCUUUCCGACCUAAAUCCUCGAGAGCUCCUUCGGCUUCCUCGAAUGUCGUCAAACCGAUCGAGAAAAGAUGCCUUGUCAGCUCGAGCGUCUCGGCUCCUGCGAAUAAAGCCGAUCCUGUGGUGGUAGCCGUGCCGACCAAGAAUGUCGAAGACGUACAGGAACUGGAACGCUUGGUCAAGAUCGUCGAUGCCGGCGGCGUGAUCGUCGAGGAUCCGACCGUCGACGAUGAAGUGAUUCGGAGUCAUCUGCUCGACGGGCUUGUCGAGAGACCAAUCGCUCAAGGUGAAGCCGAUGGGGUCCUCGACGGAAAUGUGUAUACUGCUCACGCAGUAGUGGAUGCACCUGAAACGGAGCCGACCGCGGUCGGUGUCGAGGUCGCCCCGGAGACCUCACGGGUCGAAGCUGAGGCAAUCUCCGCGGCAGAGGGUCCCGUCCAAGUACUAUGCGGUCCAACAACACGCGUCACGGUUGAGCCAACCUCUUGUGCGGAGGUACAGCGGGCCGUUUCUACAAUCGUGGAAAUCUGGCAAGAGGCACUGAGCAUUGCGCCGGAGGCAACGGAAGAGUCGAUCGAGGCAGAGCCGAUACCGGUGGCCCCUACCGUUUCGGAACUGACGAUGGAAGCUGGCGAGCUCGAACGGGAGCAAGAGAUCGAAGAACCGAGCGAGUGCCUCGAGGAGCCGUCAAGCGAUGCGAUUAGGAUCGUCUACUUGAAGCAUGACGAAGGAGCGGAAGAGACAUUGGAGUAUCUCGUUGCGAUUGCCGGAGACGCCGAGGAAGAGACCAAGGCCUCAGACGAGGACGAGAUCGAUGCCCCAAAUGCGGUCGAAGCGGUUGAGGCUGUCGAAGAAGAGUUGACCCCAGAGGAGAUGAAGGACCCGGAAGGCAACGUCGAGAAAGACGACAGCUGCGACUUUGAUGAACACGCAUCAACGGUGGAAAUUGAGCCCCUUCAGGCCGAGGGGGCCGAGGCGGACGAGGUGCCGGCAGCUUGGAGCGAGGAAACAGUGAACGAAGAGGUCCUUAGGGAAGACGAGGACCUCGCCGAAGAGACGAAAGAUAUCGAGGUAAUUGCUGAGGAACGCCUCGACUCGGAAGAUGACGAGGACGAGGAAGGACCGACCUUCCCCCUUCCGCCACCCACCACGCCCACCAAGUCCUCCCUACCCAUGGCACCCUUCACACCCGAGCCUUUCGCUCAAACCUGCUCUAUUAUGCUCGACACCCCUCCUCGGUUCGAGGAUUUUGUCUCGAUGGCAAUCCGAGUCCCUGGUGCCUUGGAAAUCAGGAUGGACGAGCUUGCUCGACAACCGAUUCCCAUCGAGGAAGAAGCGCAGGAGAAGGAAGAGCUUGAAGAUGGAGGACCGGAGGACGAGUUUGACGAGCAUGCUCAGGGUGAAGAGUACGAGGAUCAAGCAGAAGAAGAAGAAGGUGGCGUGCCCGAGCGUCUCGUCUCUCGACCCCUUUUGCCGUCCGUGCGAAGGGUUCCACUCGAGAAGCCACAUGCCGUUUUUGAAGACGAACAAAGCUUUUCAGUCGACUUGUCGGAAGAUCUGGACGCGGCCCAAAUGGAGGAAGAGGAUGAUCACGUCAAUGUCCAACAUGAUGGGGAGGUCGAAGUCGUCAACAGCCCCCCAACACGAUACACUUAUGAACACGCGCCUACCUCCAUUCGCUCGGUCCUCACUCAUGACGACAGCAGCGACGAUGAGGACAUGGAUGCUCUUAACGCUCAUGCUAGACCGUCUCCCACCUCGCCGUGCGAUUUCAAGCGAAGCGAGGCACCAAUCAUGGCAGAAGAAGAAGUCGAGGAGGAAGAGGAGGUGGAAGUCGUCUCGCCCGUCAUCUUUAGCCGAUCGCUUCGGUCCCGAGUCGUCGAAGUACUCGACGUCAAGGCGGUCGUGUCCCCCGUCAAGACGAGACGAGGUGGUCGUCGAGAGGUUCUGAGCGAACUACGUUGA